AUGGUCGCCGACGCAGUAAUCUACCACCCCACCAUCACCCACUACCUCAAGUUCGUCGGCACCACCGUCGGCCGCGACAAGCUCCUCCGCACGCUCCAGUACUUUGCCCGCUUCUACGCCUGGUACCUCCUCCGCACCAACGCGACCAAGACGGCCAUCCAACCAUGGGAGACCAUGAAGAAGCAGUUCGGCCUCGUCCGCAAGGUCCUCCGCGCGGGCAAAAACGUCGAGCACUUUAAGGCUGCCGCGCUGGCGGCGGACAACAAGACGAUGGACCCCGUGCUGAGAUACACUGCCGUGGGGAGACAGCUCGGUUACGCGGGGUAUCUCUCGAUGGAUCUGCUGACGUUGCUGGAUGCGACGGGGAUCAAGAAGAGCCCUAACGCGAAAAGGCUGCAGCAGGAGGCGUAUAGGUUUUGGGCGGCGGGGAUUACGUUUAGUAUUGUUGGGCAGCUGUAUACGCUUUGGCAGUUGAAGAAGAGGGAGGAGAAGGUUGAUCGGAAGGAGGGGGAGGGGGUGGUGGAGGGGAAGAGGAUUGCCAAGGAACGUGCGGCUAGCAGGUUGCAGCUUACUUCGGAUCUCUGCGACAUUACUGUUCCUCUUUCUGCUCUGGCCUGGGUCAACUUUGAUGAUGGCAUUGUUGGUUUGGCUGGUACCGUCAGCAGCUUGCUGGGUGUGUACUCGCAGUGGAACAAGACUGCCUAG